CUGAUCCUCGCUCUGUGACGCCGCGGUUUGUGGAUUGAAGAACGCGCUGAAAGACGGGGAAGAGCCGAAAGUCUGCCGGAGUUUUCAUAUGAAAUUUAAAGGGGACUGAGGCGAUCACUUAUUCGUGUACAGUUUAUGGACAACGGCAGAAUUUUAGGGGGGCUGAGUAGAAGGUGUUAGGGGGGCUUUAAAAUAGCCUAGUGAUGCCCAUGACUAGCUAAUUCGUUGUGAAUGUUAUGAAUACGGGUCUUGAGUACUCUAUGGGCUCUUUAGGGGGCGAGGCAGGAGCAGCAGCUAGUAAGCCACAUAGAAAGCAGCAUAGACAAAACUCACAUAACGUUAAUACUAACCGCUGCGUCUGUGAAGAAAACGGUGUUAAGUAGUGUGUGUAAAUGAGUGUCAGGUGUGGUGUCAGUACUCAGGUGAUUGAGGGCGUGGUCGCGAGGCUGAGGUGGGAGCCUCCGUGACACUAAUGAAUCAUGGCAAUGAUUUCUCCCAACGAGACAACAUGGAAGUGCUUUUUAUUUAUUUAUUUUUAAAGCUGAACAGCUGACUGUGUCCAUACUUGUCUGCUUUUCCAGAGUCUUAGAGUAAUGUACACAGCCAAUUCAAAAGUGUUAAAUUUUCAGAAGCCAUUUUCUUCCUGUGAUGAGCAUUUUCGUGGCAAAAUGUUGGUGAAAAAUCAGAAGUACGUGAAAGUGGCCAAAACUGAGGAGGGCUACGAAGACUUCAACACAUUUCUUCAAAAAGUCAUAGAAAAGCUAGGUCUUCCACUACAGUCUGAGCUGCGCUUGGCAGAUGAAUCAGGGACAGAAGUGGAUGCAGAUGUGUUUGAGGAGCUUUUGCAAGCAGGGAACCUUACUGUUACGGUGUCCACUGAACAAUCAAUAGAUGCAACAGUAAUUAUUAAGACAAAUGGAGGAAAAAGAACCCAUGCCGAACGGGAAUCAGCGAAAGAGAUGGUGGGAGAUGCUCUCCACUCUAAGCCAGGGUUAUAUUUACAAAAUAUAUUUAAAUAUUUGGGAGGAAUAUGACAAAACAAAGACACUGACAGAUAGAACACGGAGACAGAUGGUAAACCUUCUUGUGGCCGACAUGACUGAAGUUCAUGGGAGGAUCCCGCCAACCUCUGUUUGUAUGAAAUAUGCUCUUGGCAUCAUCUCUGUAUUUCCCAGCCUCAGAGAUCCAUAUUCAGACAAUGGAUAUGAACACUUCUAUGACCCACAGAGUGGACCUGGCUAUUUGGCCUGGAGGCUAAAGACCGUCUAGCACAACACUUUUCCUCUGUGCCAGAAAUUCUCCACCGGCACUACCGAUCAAGAUAGUCCAAAGAGAAAGAGGGAGUUUCUUCUGACUGACAUGCAACUGCUUGGAGAGGAUCGUCAUGAAGCAAUAUCCUUUAUGAAGCAUUCAACUGAUGCAUCGGUUAUCAAAGAGAAGAUGAGGGCCACGUUUCAAUAUCGCCAGUCACUGGUUCAGGAUCAGCAACAGUCAUCAACAGUCUUGGAUGUGUUUUCACGACACCCCUGGCUUGAUUGAACAAGUCUUCACCAUGAUGUUUGGAGAGGAGGUGUCAGGCAGACCUUUGGCAAAAUGGCCUACUUAUUUUAAACCCAGGAUCCUGGCAGACUGCAAGUACCUGAUUUCUAAUGAGCAUGUUGAAGAACUCUUGUGUGCACAGCAAAACUCUGAUGGGACUGGCUGGGACAGUGACCUGCCAAGUAUUUUACUGCUGGUUCACCUGCUUCCACCUACCUCCAAAGGCCACAAGAAGAGUGCCAAAAUUAGCUCAUAUCAAGCUGUCGACCAUGUUGUGAGAUAUCUGCGGAUUGGAACCAGUGUUGAAACCUUCCUUGCAGGUGUGAAGUCAGGACAGCCCUUCCUCCUGCGUGUUGGUGAGCAGAGGAACAACAUCCAAAGGUUCUAUGUCAUCCUUGAUCACAAGCCCAUCCCUUGCAAAGCACAAACAUCCCUGGCAGCUUUCGAUGAGCUCUUCAAAGCACACUUCAUCUUCAGUGUCAACUACCACAAAUCCCUCUACAACUUUUACACAUUCAUCCAAACCACAGUGUUCAACAUUGACGUUGGAAGUGCCAAAGAAAAUCCCAGAGUCAGGGAGCUCAGAGCAAGAUUUCUUUACAACCCUUGAGGUGAUAAAUAUCCUUGGAGGCAAAUAUGUUUUUUUGUGUAAGGCACACCACAAAAGUUCUGCACUGCUUUGUCAGCAUUGAAGGCUCAAUCAUGGUUUAUAUCCUGGAAAAACUUUACGUUUGCAAUGUGGACAGCUGGGGUGCACUUUUGACUGAUAGUGUUGACAAUGUGAACAUUCAUAAUAAAGCUGAUGAACCCUCAUCUUCUCAAGCAGUCAGUAUAGACACCCCAUUUGCCGCCCAACGGUCUGUUGUGAAUCAUCAAGUGUUAAAUAUGUGUGGUUCUGUUGUAGCACAGCUACAAGCACAUGGUGUUGCUGAAAGCACAGUGCAAGCAAUGGUAGAGUCCAUGGAGGAACUUGUAAAGGGCAUUCAUUGUCAAGUUAAAGAAGCAGUUCACAGCUGUUCAGACAUUCAGGGUACAGAUUUGGAUGAGAAGGUGGAAAAAUGUUUUGAGCAACUUGAAAAUCCUUUCUCCGUCUUGAACACAAGAGUGAAACGACAGAAGUUCUUUUGAGGAAAAGUUUGAAAUAGUUGAACCAGUUGAAAAUGUUCUCGGGGUGCGGUUUGAUCUACGCAGAGAUCGAACAACAGGAGUUUACACACAGAUCCCUGUAACAGAUAAAUUUGUGUAUGCGUGCCAAUUUUGGGAACCCUAAUGUCUAUGUUCAAGAACAGUGAAAUAUGUGAACAUUUCUUGCAAGCCAAACAACAGGAAGAAGGCAUUUAUAGAGACGUGUGAUGGCUCGUAUUUCAAAAGCAACAGUUUGUUUUCUCUUAAAAAACAUGCUCUACAGAUUCAACUUUAUUAUGAUGAGUUUGAGACUGCAAAUCCCUUAGGUUCAGAGAAAGGGAUACACAAACUUGGUUCUAUUUACUUUGUAUUGAGAAACCUGCCCCCAAAAUUUAAUUCUGUGUUAAUGAAUAUUCAUGUUGUGGCACUCUUUUACUCACAAGAUGUGAAGAAAUAUGGAUUUGAUGAUAUACUAAGGCCUCUCAAUGAUGAUCUUAAAACACUUGAAACCCAAGGAAUUGAAGUGCCUUUCUCUGACUCACCUUUGAUUGGUUCUGUUAUACAAGUAACAGGUGAUAACCUAGGUUUACAUGGACUGUUUGGUUUUGUUGAGUCCUUCAGUGGUACAUAUUGUUGUAGAUUUUGUUUAACCAGUAAAGAUGAGUUACAGUCUGUCUUCACUGAAGAUGACCCUGGCAUGAUUUUAAGACAUUUUAAGUGCUCUUUUUAAUGUUAAUGCAUACUGUGAAGUGUCAACCACUAACUGGGU